CAAAGAGAAUACUACAGGAAUGGCGGGAAGCCAAGGGCAUUUCCUACAAACGUCCUCCAAUGCCGGUGAAACCUCAGGUCAGGCGCACUGUGGCCGUGCCCCAGCCUUUCUGGGCUACCAUGAAGGAGGAAGACGAGGCCCAUUCCCUCAUCUGUGCUGUGGACAGAUCCCUGGCUGAUUGCAUCAAAUUGCUUGGAGAGGGUUGCCCUCCAAAUCAGGUGAAGGAGGUUCUCUCACGGCUGCCGGCAGUGUCCCAGAAGUUUGCCAAAUACUGGAUCUGUCAGGCCCGCCUGAUGGAGCAGGAGGGCAACCUGGAUGUCCUGCCCAUGUUUGAAGAGGCUGUUGGUGUUGUGUUGGAGGUAAGACAUCCAUGAUAUUCAAACUUUAGA